GGCUGCUGUAUUGCUGAAGUCCAUACCUAGAUCACCCAGUCUUCCAGACCGUGUGCUCCAUGCUUUGAGACCAGGAGGACCUUGGUGUUCUGAAAUGAAGAUGGAGGCGGUGGGAAAAGCAGAAGAACUUGUUGAUUCAGAAGUUCCACCAAAGGCUUCUGAAAAGCAAGAGGCUGCUCCUGAUGAAGACGGACCUAUAGAACUCGAAACACAAACUCAGAAAGACAACAUACCCACUGCAGCAGACUCUGCGGUGCUCUCUUCGAUGCCUUGCUUACUGAUGGAACUGAGGCGAGACUCCUCGGAGUCUCAGCUAGCAUCUACAGAGAGCGAUAAGCCAACGGGCGGUCGAGUUUACGAGAGUGACUCUUCUAACCAUUGCAUGCUUUCCCCUUCUUCCAGUGGGCAUUUGGCUGACUCAGAUACAUUGUCUUCCACAGAAGAGAAUGAGCCCUGUCAAGCUGAAGCUGCUGUAGAGGGAGACCCUUCUGCUGUGUCUGGGGCUGCAGUUGGGAGGAAAUCCAGGCGAUCCAGGUCUGAAAGUGAAACUUCAACAAUGGCUGCCAAGAAAAACCGACAGUCUAGCGAUAAGCAGAAUGGCCGAGUUACCAAGGUAAAAGGUCAUCGAAGCCAAAAGCACAAAGAGAGAAUCCGGCUCUUAAGGCAGAAACGGGAGGCAGCUGCUCGCAAGAAGUACAACCUGCUGCAGGACAGCAGUACCAGCGAUAGUGACCUGACGUGUGACUCGAGCACGAGCUCUUCAGAUGAUGAUGAAGAGGUUUCAGGGAGCAGCAAGACAAUCACUGCAGAGAUACCAGAUGGACCUCCAGUUGUAGCUCAUUAUGAUAUAUCAGACACAAAUUCAGACCCAGAAGUGGUAAAUGUGGACAAUCUGUUGGCGGCUGCAGUAGUUCAAGAGCACAAUAAUUCUUUAGGAAAUCAAGACUCAGGCUCUACCUGGAGAACCAGAGGGCUCCUAGAUGAACUGAGUGCUGAUACAGGUCAUCUGGAUCCAGGCUUCCUUACAAGUGACAAAACCUCUUCUGGCAAUGCCCAGAUCAAUGAAGAAAUUAAUAUUGCCUCUUCUGAUAGCGAAGUAGAGAUUGUUGGAGUUCAAGAACAUGCCAGGUGUGUGCAUCCCAGGGGAGGCGUGAUUCAGAGCGUGUCUUCCUGGAAGCAUGGCUCCGGCUCCCAGUACAUUAACACUCAGCAAACACAGUCAUGGACAGCUGUGACACCCCAGCAGAACUGGUCUUCGCCCCCAGAAGUAGUGGACCUCACUUUGGAUGAGGAUACCAGACGCAAAUAUCUACUGUAAAGCAGCAUCACUGUGUUUCUGUCCCCACCCCUUCCCCCUUUUGUGGCACAGAAGUUUGUUAUUAAAGCUUCAGCUUCAGAAGCCCUGUUCCUGGCAUUACAAAAUUUGAACUCAUGACAUUUUUAAUUUACAUAAGAAUGUAGUAUUAUUUCAGUAUAAUUUAAAAUAGUUUUGCCUUCUCAAAGGAGGAUUCCUCCUGGAAUUAAAAGCCAACAGCU